AUGGAGGACUUAGUAGUCGGUAGCCCAUCUUUCAGGAGCGUCCUUAGCUGCAGUGAAGGGCAGGCUCAAUCAGGAGAGAGUUCUUGGACGGAUUACUUUGUGGAUUUCAUGUUAUCCGAGGAGGAGAAGAAGAGACAAGCAGAUGCUAGUUCGUACUGCGCUACGGAAGACGAAGGCAAAUAUGAUGGCGAUGGAAGUUGCCGUGAGGAGGAGGAAGAGGAGGAUUCCAUGAUCUCUGAUGCCGCGUCUCAUGCCCCAUGGCCUACUGCCGCACUGCUACCUGGCAGGUACAAGGAGUUGAAGAAGCUCAAGAAGAAGCCUUUCAGCAAGGCCCUGGAUCAUGAUGGUUCCCUGGAGGAUACUGCAAGCUCUCCAGUGAAUAGCCCAAAGGUCAGUGUUGUGUCACAGCUGGAAUUGAGUCCUAAAAGGAGGUGCAACAUCAGGGACCUCACCAAGGGAGUUGGAAUUGGCGAUGAUCACGGAGGAGAGGGGAUGGACUGUACAGAUGCAGCUAUGGAAGGAGCGAGAUUUGGUGAUCAGAGUCAGACGAGUAUAGCUCCAUGUGCAGAGCUGAAGGACAAGGGGAUUUGUUUGUUCCCCUUUUCCGUGCUGCUACACUACCAUGGGCCAAACUGA